AUGGAGUCCAGCGCGCCCAACGCCAGCGACUCGCCUCGCACUUUUGCGAUGCAACACCAGCGCCCCAGGACAAGCUUUGUAGGAUGCUCGCGAAUCACAGAUUACGAUCUCCUUGGGAAGCUGGGUGAAGGUACCUUUGGUGAGGUGCAUCGCGCGAAAUCCAAGAAGACGGGAGCCCAUGUUGCCCUCAAGAAGAUCAUUAUGCACCAUGAGAAAGAUGGGUUCCCCAUCACGGCGCUGCGCGAGAUUAAGCUUCUCAAGCUCUUAUCACACAGGAACGUCCUGCAGCUAGUGGACAUGGCCGUCGAGCAUCCCCAGAGAGCCAGCGACAAGCGCAAGAGGCCAAUCAUGUACAUGGCCACGCCCUACAUGGACCACGAUCUUUCUGGUCUUCUUGACAACCCUUCGGUCACCUUUACCGAGCCUCAGAUCAAGUGCUAUAUGUUACAACUUCUGGAGGGCCUCCGAUACCUGCACGACAACCACAUCUUACACCGCGACAUGAAAGCCGCCAACCUUCUCAUCAACAAUAAGGGCAUCCUCCAGAUUGCAGAUUUUGGUCUGGCUCGACACUACGAGGGACCCACGCCUAAGUCAGGGCACGGUGCUGGGGAGGGCAAGAGGGAGUACACUGGCCUUGUCGUCACUAGAUGGUACAGACCCCCUGAGCUGUUGCUUCACCUGAAGAAGUACACAACAGCCAUUGACGUCUGGGGUGUUGGUUGCGUUUUUGGCGAAAUGCUGGUUGGGAAACCGAUUUUGGCGGGUGAGAGUGACUCUCACCAGCUAGACAUUAUCUGGGACUUGAUGGGAUCACCCACGCCAGAAAACAUGCCCCUAUUCAACACACUUCCUGGCGCCGAGGCCGUUUCCCCGCGUACGAGACCUGGCAGUUUAUCCACAAGAUUUAGAGAAUACGGCUCAGGGGCUAUAUCUCUCCUCAAGGAACUCCUCAGACUCGACUGGCGAUCUCGCAUCAACGCCGCCGACGCCCUGAACCACCCUUACUUUAAGAUGGCCCCCAUGCCAGCGAAUCCCGAUGAUCUCCCGACCUUUGAAGACAGCCACGAGUUGGACAGACGUAAGUUUCACGACCGCAAAGCAGCUUUACCUCCAGCACCCAAGGGCGGGACGGUAGGCAUUGGUCCUGAUGCACACGGUGCCAAUGCCGGCUUCAACAACACCGAGAAUUACUCAAAUCGCAACGGUCUUGGCAGCGCGAGCGUGGGGAACGAGGGCUGCCGCCUAGGCCUCCGCCGCCAGAAUAUGCCAACGGCGGCCCAAUGGAGCGAGACGGCUACCGGGACAGGGAUAGAGACCGACGACCCAGAAGCCGUGGAGGGCCACGGCCAGGACCAGAUGUUGACACCUACAUCCCAAGCUAUGGGAGGGACGACGGCCCACGACACAGGGAUGACCGGCCCCCGCGAGAACGCCGACGCAACAGUAGGGAUGAACGAUGGCAUGAUCGAGACUGGGAUCGCCGGACUAGGAGUCGCAGUCGAUCUCCAAUGA